UUGUAAUGCAGCAGUCGACACUAGCAAAUUUCAUAUAUAUUGCAUGGAUACUGCCAAGUUGUUUGUUGAUCUCUAUGGCUGGUACUACAUGCCUGUAACUGUGCAUAAGAUUCUGGUGCAUGGUAGCAAAAUUAUAGCAGAAGCUAUUCUGCCAAUAGGUAUGCUGUCCGAAGAAGCUCAGGAAGCGAGGAAUAAAGAUUAUAGAGCCUAUAGAUUACAUCAUUCGCGAAGAAUUGGACGUGUAGCCACUAAUGAAGAUGUAAUGCAUAACCUUUUAUUGUCUUCAGACCCAUUUAUAAAUAGAUUUCGCUCAAAGCUGCAAAUCAAAAAAUUGGAGUACGAUAAUGAUGUUAAAAAAUUAUUAAAAGACUAUGCUUAAUUUA